GUAAAAAGAAAAAAAUACAGAGGGAGUGCUCUUUACACACGCUUGCGUUAGCUAAGCAAUGUCACCCUUCUUGUGUUUUCAAGAUUGCUGGUUGUGGAUAAUAAUCAAAAGAGUUUUACUGAGCGGUUAUAACUAAUUUGUUUGUUCCAAGAGAGGUAUGGGUUUUCUUCAUUAGGCUGAGUUGCUUCCUUUAAGGCUGUAAAGAUGCCAGCCGGUGUGUCGUGGCCUCGAUAUCUAAGGUUGCUUGGAGCCAGUGUUCUAGCCAUGUUUGCCGGGGCUCAGGCUGUGCACCAGUAUUACCUGCCAGAUCUGAGUAUUCCAGAGGUCCCACCCAAACCUGGAGAACUCCAGACUGAACUACAAGGAUACAAGAUAAGAGAAAAAGCAAUUGAGACACUUAAAAAAGGAGAAAAUGAUGACAGAUAAAACAUAAUUCUCAAUGGAAUGGUUCUGCUGUUUUCUCAAAUGUGCCUUGGAGAAAUGGGAGUUGUUUUAAAGACUGCAGAGGACUCUUCUGGCUGCUUUGAAUGAGAAAAACGAAUCGUCAUACAAUUUAUGUGCAUUUGAGUUGUCUAUUUGAGACAACAAUCUUUAUCUUUAAUUUAAAAAUGACUUCGCUGUCAGUUCACCUUAUCUGUUUUGAAUAAUUAAAAGAAAAUUUCGUCAGUAUUUUAUGUAAACAUAGAGGUCUAAAAUAUUUGUGAAUAAAAAAAACACCAAUUCUGUGAAAUAAGUUUGUGAAAAAAACAAAGUUGGAGUGCUUUUGUUUAUCUGUUGCAUCUUUGUAAAUAAAGUUUUUUUUUUAAUAUA